AUGGAAAAAGUACAACAAGAAGUAACAGAAAUAGCACAAGGGAGAUCAAUGAUUGUGGAGAAGGACUUAGAGAAAAUGUAUUAUCUUAAAGCCAUCAUCAAGGAGACCUUACGUUUGCAUACUCCAGUUCCACUACUUAUUCCUCGAGAAUCAACACAAGAUGUGAAACUAAUGGGGUAUGACAUUCCAGCUGGCACACAAGUGAGUGUGAAUGCUUGGGCCAUAGGAAGAGAUCCUACCUUAUGGGAAGAACCAGAGGAAUUUAGGCCUGAAAGGUUCUUGAACACUUCCACAGAUUACAAAGGGCUUCACUUUGAACUGCUUCCAUUUGGUGGUGGUCGAAGAGGGUGCCCUGGAAUUCAAUUCGCUAUAGUCAUCAUUGAAUUAGCAUUAGCAAAUGUGAUAUACAAGUUCGAUUUGGCAUUACCAAAUAGGGUCAAAGGCAAGGAUUUGGACAUGAGUGAGAAGUAUGGCCUUGUUGUGCACAAGAAAUCUCCUUUAAUUGUCGUGGCAACUUCUCGUUUCUAG